GUGCUCAAGAAACUGAAGAGCAAGUACGGUGAGCUGUACCGACAGGACAACGUCAUCCUCAGCGGCACCCACACGCACUCGGGGCCUGGUGGCUACUUCCAGUACACCCUCUUCUGGAUCACUAGCAAAGGGCUAAUCAGACCGUCCCUCAACGCUAUCGUGAAUGGCAUCGUAAAGAGCAUUGAUAUAGCGCAUCAGAACAUGAAGAGAGGAAGGCUUUUUAUAAACAGAGGCGCUGUAGAAAACAGCCAGAUCAACCGAAGCCCGUUCUCCUACCUUGAGAAUCCAGCGUCCGAACGAAGCAGGUAUUCAUCCAACACAGAUAAAGAAAUGGUGAUGCUGAAGAUGGUAGAUGGGAAUGGACAGGAACUAGGCCUUAUCAGCUGGUUUGCUGUCCACCCGGUCAGCAUGAACAACUCAAACCAUCUUGUGAACAGUGACAACGUGGGCUACGCAUCUUACUUGUUCGAACAGGAGAAGAACAAGGGGAUGCUUCCCGGAGAGGGCUCUUUUGUUGCCGCCUUUGCAUCCUCCAACUUGGGAGAUGUGUCGCCCAACACCAAAGGCCCGUUCUGCAUAAACACAGGGGAGUCGUGCAACAACCCACAGAGCUCCUGUCCCGUGGGGGGGGCAACGAUGUGCAUGGCCAUGGGUCCUGGUAACGACAUGUUUGACAGUACGAGAAUUAUAGGGCAAAAUAUCUACUUGAAAGCAAGGGAGCUGUAUGAAAAAGCUUCCCAGGAGGUCACAGGACCCAUCAGCUCAGCUCACCAGUGGGUGAACAUGAGUGAUGUCUCCGUGGAGCUCAAUGCCACACACACGGUUAAAACAUGUAAACCAGCCUUAGGACACAGCUUUGCUGCAGGGACUAUUGAUGGAGUGGGGGCUUUCAACUUCACACAAGGCUCCAUAGAAGGGGAUCCAUUUUGGGAUGAAAUCCGGGACCAGUUGCUGGGAGAGCCGUCCAACGAAACGAAAGCCUGCCACAGUCCCAAGCCAAUCCUCUUUAGCACCGGAGAGAUGACUCGGCCUCACCCGUGGCACCCCGACAUCGUGGAUGUUCAGAUUGCUGCCGUCGGAUCGCUGGCAAUCGUUGCUGUUCCCGGGGAGUUCACGACCAUGUCUGGACGCAGGCUACGGGAAGCUGUUAGAAGAGAAUUUGAUUCUCAUGGUAGACCAAGAAUGGAUGUCAUAAUUGCAGGUCUGUGCAAUGUCUACACCCAUUACAUUACCACCUAUGAAGAAUACCAGGUUCAACGAUAUGAGGCUGCAUCAACUAUUUACGGGCCGCACACGCUUUCUGCUUAUAUUCAGCUGUACAGAGGACUUGCAAGGGCUAUUGCUACGAACACAGUUCAGGAUUUGCCGUGUGGUCCAGAGCCCCCAGUUUUCAACAUAGGUAACAUGACCAUGGUGCCUCCUCUCGCUGCCGAUCGCGUGCCGGCAAAUAAGGCAUUUGGGGAUGUGCUACAAGAAGUCAGACAACAGUAUCGAGAGAGGGAAGUUGCUGAAGUAACUUUUGUAGGUGCAAACCCCAGGAACUCUGCAGAAAAUGCGACUGAACACAACUUCCUGACGGUGGAGAGAUACACCAGCACUUCAGACAGCUGGCACGUGGUACAGAACGAUGCCUCCUGGGACACCAGGUUUUACUGGACCAAAGGAUUACUUGGUCGGAGCAACGUGACCAUUGAAUGGCAUAUCCCAUGUGGCACAGAGCCGGGCAUCUACAGGAUACGGUACUUUGGGCACUACAAGAAAAAACUGUCUAACAGUCACGCUGUCUCUAUUCCAUUUGAAGGCACAUCUUCAGCGUUUGAAAUCACAGCUCUGUAG